ACGCCUCGCGCGGCCACGGGCAGGCGAGCGCAGAGCAGCCCCGGCCGCGGCUUCGGAAGCAGCGAGUUCGAGCCCCGCUCCCGCUCCCGCUCCCCUUCGGUUUUUCGCUUCCCCGGCCCUUGGGCCUCCCUACGCCCGUCCCCGGUAGCUCGCUGUGCAUAUUGCUCUCUCCGCCGCCAGUAUGCCGGUGACCGAGAAGGACCUGGCGGAGGACGCGCCGUGGAAGAAGAUCCAGCAGAACACGUUCACGCGUUGGUGCAACGAGCACCUCAAGUGCGUGAACAAACGCAUAGGGAACCUGCAGACCGACCUGAGCGACGGGCUGCGGCUCAUCGCGCUGCUGGAGGUGCUCAGCCAAAAGCACAUGUACCGCAAGUACCACCAGCGGCCCACCUUCCGCCAGAUGCAGCUCGAGAACGUGUCCGUGGCGCUCGAGUUCCUGGACCGUGAGAACAUCAAGCUCGUGUCCAUCGACAGCAAAGCCAUCGUGGAUGGGAACCUGAAGCUCAUCUUGGGCCUGGUGUGGACGCUGAUCCUCCACUACUCCAUCUCCAUGCCUGUGUGGGAGGAUGAAGGGGACGACGACGCCAAGAAGCAGACGCCAAAGCAGAGGCUGCUGGGGUGGAUUCAGAACAAGAUCCCCUACUUGCCCAUCACCAACUUUAACCAGAACUGGCAAGAUGGCAAAGCCCUUGGAGCCCUGGUAGACAGCUGUGCUCCAGGUCUGUGCCCAGACUGGGAAUCCUGGGAUCCACGAAAGCCUGUGGAUAAUGCACGAGAAGCCAUGCAGCAGGCAGAUGACUGGCUGGGUGUCCCACAGGUCAUCACUCCUGAAGAAAUUAUUCACCCGGAUGUGGAUGAGCACUCGGUGAUGACUUACCUGUCCCAGUUCCCCAAAGCCAAGCUCAAGCCAGGGGCUCCUCUUAAACCGAAACUCAACCCCAAGAAAGCCAGGGCCUAUGGCAGAGGAAUCGAGCCCACUGGAAACAUGGUGAAGCAGCCGGCCAAGUUCACUGUGGACACCAUCAGCGCCGGGCAAGGAGAUGUGAUGGUGUUUGUCGAGGACCCAGAAGGGAACAAAGAGGAGGCACAAGUGACCCCUGACAGCGAUAAGAACAAGACAUACUCUGUGGAGUAUCUGCCCAAGGUCACCGGACUGCACAAAGUCACAGUCCUCUUUGCAGGACAGCACAUCUCCAAGAGCCCAUUCGAAGUAAAUGUCGACAAGGCCCAGGGAGACGCCAGUAAAGUCACUGCGAAAGGUCCAGGCUUGGAAGCUGCUGGGAACAUCGCCAAUAAGCCCACCUACUUUGACAUCUACACAGCAGGUGCUGGCGUGGGUGACAUUGGUGUGGAGGUGGAAGAUCCCCAGGGGAAGAACGCCGUGGAGUUGCUCGUGGAAGACAGAGGAAACCAGGUGUAUCGAUGUGUGUACAAACCAGUGCAGCCUGGCCCCCAUGUGGUCAAGGUCUCCUUUGCUGGGGACACCAUUCCCAAGAGUCCCUUCGUUGUACAGGUCGGGGAAGCCUGUAAUCCAAAUGCCUGCCGGGCCAACGGCCGAGGCCUACAGCCAAAAGGCAUCCGCAUCCGAGAAACUGCAGACUUCAAGGUUGACACCAAAGCUGCUGGAAGUGGAGAGCUCGGCAUAACCGUAAAGGGUCCUAAGGGUCUGGAGGAGCUGGUGAAGCAGAAAGGCUUUCUGGAUGGAGUGUAUGCAUUUGAGUAUUACCCCAGCACCCCGGGGAAAUAUAGCAUCGCCAUCACAUGGGGGGGACACCACAUUCCAAAGAGCCCCUUUGAAGUUCAAGUUGGCCCUGAAGCAGGCAUGCAGAAAGUCCGUGCAUGGGGCCCUGGCCUCCAUGGCGGGGUUGUUGGGCGGUCGGCGGACUUCGUGGUAGAGUCCGUUGGUUCUGAGGUGGGGUCUCUGGGGUUUGCCAUUGAAGGCCCCUCCCAGGCAAAGAUUGAGUAUGAUGACCGAAACGACGGAUCGUGUGAUGUCAAGUACUGGCCCAAGGAGCCCGGUGAAUAUGCCGUUCACAUCAUGUGUGACGAUGAGGACAUCAGAGACAGUCCCUACAUGGCCUACAUCCACCCGGCCUCGGGAGAUUGCAACCCGGAUCUGGUUCAAGCAUACGGGCCAGGUUUGGAGAAAUCUGGGUGCAUUGUCAACAAUCUGGCCGAGUUCACCGUGGAUCCUAAGGAUGCCGGCAAAGCUCCCUUAAAGAUAUUUGCUCAGGACGGGGACGGCCAGCCCAUUGACAUCCAGAUGAAGAGCCGGAUGGAUGGCACCUACGCUUGCUCGUACACCCCGGUUAAGCCCAUCAAGCACACCAUUGCCGUGGUCUGGGGAGGUGUCAACGUCCCGCACAGCCCUUACAGGGUCAACAUCAGGCAGGGUAGCCAUCCCCAGAAGGUCAAAGUGUUUGGGCCAGGAGUGGAGAGAAGUGGGCUGAAGGCACACGAGCCUACUCACUUCACAGUGGACUGUACCGAGGCUGGCGAAGGUGAUGUCAGCGUUGGCAUUAAAUGUGAUGCCCGGGUGUUAAGCGACGAUGAGGAAGACGUGGAUUUUGACAUUAUUCACAACGCCAAUGACACGUUUACUGUCAAAUAUGUGCCUCCUGCCGCCGGGCGAUACACUAUCAAAGUUCUCUUUGCCUCUCAGGAAAUUCCCGCCAGCCCUUUCAGAGUCAAAGUCGACCCUUCCCACGACGCCAGCAAAGUGAAGGCAGAAGGCCCGGGGCUCAGCAAAGCAGGUGUGGAAAACGGGAAACCGACCCACUUCACUGUCUACACCAAAGGGGCCGGAAAAGCCCCCCUCAACGUGCAGUUCAGCAGCCCCCUUCCUGGCGACGCCGUGAAGGAUUUGGACAUCAUUGAUAAUUACGACUAUUCCCACACCGUUAAAUACACGCCCACGCAACAGGGCAGCAUGCAGGUUCUGGUUACAUACGGUGGCGAUCCCAUCCCUAAAAGCCCUUUCACGGUGGGCGUGGCCGCUCCGCUGGAUCUGAGCAGGAUAAAAAUUAAUGGGCUGGAAAACAGAGUCGAAGUUGGGAAGGAUCAGGAGUUCGCCAUUGACACCAGGGGAGCGGGAGGUCAGGGGAAGCUGGACGUGACGAUCCUGAGCCCCUCGAGGAAGGUUGUGCCGUGCCUGGUGGCGCCCAUGACGGGCCGGGAGAGCAGCACGGCCAAGUACAUUCCCCGGGAGGAGGGGCUGUAUGCUGUUGACGUGACCUACGAUGGACACCCCGUGCACGGGAGCCCUUACACGGUGGAGGCCUCGCUGCCGCCCGAUCCCACCAAGGUGAAGGCCCACGGUCCUGGCCUUGAAGGUGGUCUUGUGGGCAAGCCUGCCGAGUUCACCAUCGACACCAAAGGAGCUGGAACUGGAGGUUUGGGCCUAACCGUGGAAGGUCCUUGUGAGGCCAAAAUUGAAUGCUCGGACAAUGGCGACGGGACCUGCUCCGUCUCCUACCUCCCAACAAAGCCCGGAGAGUACUUCGUCAACAUCCUCUUUGAAGAAGUCCACAUACCUGGUUCUCCCUUCAAAGCCGACAUUGAAAUGCCGUUUGACCCCUCCAAAGUCGUGGCAUCGGGCCCAGGGCUGGAGCAUGGGAAAGUGGGCGAGGCAGGGCUGCUUAGCGUGGACUGUUCAGAAGCAGGGCCGGGGGCCCUGGGCCUGGAAGCCGUCUCGGACUCGGGGGCGAAAGCCGAAGUCUGUAUCGAGAACAACAAAGAUGGCACCUACGUGGUGACCUACGUGCCCCUGACCGCCGGCAUGUACACACUGACCAUGAAGUACGGCGGUGAGCUUGUACCGCACUUCCCCGCCAGGGUCAAGGUGGAGCCUGCCGUGGACACCAGCAGGGUCAAAGUCUUUGGGCCAGGAAUAGAAGGAAAAGAUGUGUUUCGGGAAGCCACCACCGACUUCACGGUCGACUCACGGCCCCUCACGCAGGUCGGAGGCGACCACAUCAAGGCCCAUAUUGCCAACCCCUCAGGGGCCUCCACCGAGUGUUUCGUCACAGACAAUGCUGAUGGGACCUACCAGCUGGAAUACACGCCCUUCGAGAAAGGCCUCCAUGUAGUGGAGGUGACAUAUGAUGAUGUGCCCAUCCCAAACAGUCCCUUUAAAGUGGCUGUAACUGAAGGCUGCCAGCCAUCUCGGGUUCAAGCUCAAGGACCUGGAUUGAAAGAGGCCUUUACCAACAAACCCAAUGUCUUUACUGUGGUUACCAGAGGGGCAGGAAUUGGGGGUCUUGGCAUAACUGUCGAGGGACCGUCGGAGUCAAAGAUAAACUGCAGAGACAACAAAGAUGGCAGUUGCAGUGCUGAGUACAUCCCCUUUGCUCCAGGGGAUUACGACGUGAAUAUCACAUAUGGAGGAGCCCACAUCCCUGGCAGCCCCUUCAGGGUUCCUGUGAAGGAUGUUGUGGACCCCAGCAAGGUCAAGAUCGCUGGCCCUGGGCUGGGCUCGGGUGUCCGAGCUCGUGUCUUGCAGUCCUUCACGGUGGACAGCAGCAAGGCCGGCCUGGCCCCACUGGAAGUGAGGGUCAUGGGCCCACGAGCUGAUGAGACGGAUUCCCAGUCAAGGCUCAGCCCCUUGAAAGCCAUGUCAGAGUUCUUUAAACGGGACCUGAAGGGUGACCUUAUGGAGACAGGUCUGGUGGAGCCGGUGAACGUGGUGGACAAUGGGGAUGGCACACACACAGUGACCUACACCCCGUCCCAGGAGGGGCCUUACAUGGUCUCUGUUAAAUAUGCUGAUGAGGAGAUCCCUCGUAGUCCCUUUAAGGUCAAGGUCCUUCCCACAUACGAUGCCAGCAAAGUGACCGCCAGUGGCCCUGGCCUCAGUACCUAUGGUGUGCCUGCCAGCCUGCCUGUGGAGUUUGCGAUCGAUGCCAGAGAUGCCGGGGAAGGCCUGCUUGCUGUUCAGAUAACGGACCAAGAGGGAAAACCCAAAAGAGCCAUUGUCCAUGAUAAUAAAGAUGGCACAUACGCUGUUACCUACAUCCCUGACAAGACUGGACGUUAUAUGAUUGGGGUCACCUACGGUGGGGAUGACAUCCCGUUGUCUCCCUACCGCAUCCGGGCCACACAGACGGGCGAUGCCAGCAAGUGCCUGGCCACAGGUCCUGGAAUCGCCUCCACUGUGAAAACUGGCGAGGAAGUGGGCUUUGUGGUAGAUGCCAAGACCGCCGGGAAAGGCAAAGUGACCUGCACGGUUCUGACCCCGGACGGCACUGAGGCUGAGGCUGAUGUCAUCGAGAAUGAGGAUGGCACCUAUGACAUUUUCUACACGGCCGCCAAGCCGGGCACCUAUGUCAUCUACGUGCGCUUUGGUGGCGUUGAUAUUCCCAACAGCCCGUUCACUGUCAUGGCCACAGAUGGGGAAGUCGCAGCUGUGGAGGAGGCACCGGUAAAUGCAUGUCCCCCCGGAUUCAGGCCCUGGGUAACUGAAGAGGCCUAUGUCCCAGUGAGUGACAUGAAUGGCCUGGGGUUUAAGCCUUUCGACUUGGUCAUUCCGUUUGCAGUCAGGAAAGGAGAAAUCACCGGAGAGGUCCACAUGCCUUCUGGGAAGACAGCCACACCUGAGAUUGUGGACAACAAGGAUGGCACGGUCACUGUCAGAUACGCUCCCACUGAGGUCGGCCUCCACGAGAUGCACAUCAAAUACAUGGGCAGCCACAUCCCUGAGAGCCCGCUCCAGUUCUACGUGAACUACCCCAACAGCGGGAGCGUUUCUGCAUAUGGCCCGGGCCUCGUGUACGGAGUGGCCAACAAAACCGCCACCUUCACCAUUGUCACCGAGGAUGCAGGAGAAGGUGGCCUGGACUUGGCUAUUGAGGGACCCUCAAAGGCGGAAAUCAGCUGCAUUGACAACAAAGAUGGGACAUGCACAGUGACCUACCUGCCCACCCUGCCAGGCGACUACAGCAUUCUGGUCAAGUACAAUGACAAACACAUCCCUGGCAGCCCCUUCACAGCCAAGAUCACAGACGACAGCAGACGGUGCUCUCAGGUGAAGCUGGGCUCUGCCGCCGACUUCCUGCUCGACAUCAGUGAGACUGACCUCAGCACCCUGACGGCCAGCAUCAAGGCCCCAUCCGGCCGCGACGAGCCCUGUCUCCUAAAGAGGCUGCCCAACAAUCACAUUGGCAUCUCCUUCAUCCCCCGGGAGGUGGGUGAACACCUGGUCAGCAUCAAGAAGAAUGGCAACCACGUGGCCAACAGCCCUGUGUCCAUCAUGGUGGUCCAGUCAGAGAUCGGGGAUGCCCGCAGAGCCAAAGUCUACGGCCGUGGCCUGUCGGAAGGCCGGACUUUCGAGAUGUCUGACUUCAUCGUGGACACGAGGGAUGCAGGUUAUGGUGGCAUCUCCUUGGCGGUGGAAGGCCCCAGUAAAGUGGACAUCCAGACAGAGGACCUGGAGGACGGCACUUGCAAGGUCUCCUACUUCCCCACCGUGCCUGGGGUUUACAUUGUCUCCACCAAAUUCGCCGACGAGCACGUGCCUGGGAGCCCCUUUACCGUGAAGAUCAGCGGGGAGGGAAGAGUCAAGGAGAGCAUCACCCGUACCAGUCGAGCCCCAUCUGUGGCCACUGUUGGGAGCAUCUGUGACCUGAACCUGAAGAUCCCAGAAAUCGACAGCAGUGACAUGUCGGCCCACGUCACCAGCCCCUCAGGCCGUGUGACCGAGGCAGAGAUUGUGCCUGUGGGAAAGAGCUCGCACUGUGUCCGGUUUGUGCCCCAGGAGAUGGGGGUUCACACCGUCAGCGUCAAGUACCGCGGCCAGCACGUCACCGGCAGCCCCUUCCAGUUCACCGUGGGGCCUCUGGGUGAGGGGGGCGCCCAGAAGGUCCGGGCAGGAGGCCCUGGCCUGGAGCGAGGAGAAGCAGGAGUCCCAGCUGAAUUCAGCAUCUGGACCCGGGAGGCAGGUGCCGGGGGCCUCUCCAUCGCUGUUGAGGGCCCCAGUAAGGCCGAGAUUACGUUUGAUGACCAUAAAAACGGAUCAUGUGGUGUGUCUUACAUUGCCCAAGAGCCUGGUAACUACGAGGUGUCUAUCAAGUUCAAUGAUGAGCACAUCCCAGAAAGUCCCUACCUGGUGCCGGUGAUCGCGCCCUCCGACGAUGCCCGCCGCCUCACUGUUCUGAGCCUUCAGGAAUCGGGAUUAAAAGUUAACCAGCCAGCCUCCUUUGCUAUAAGGUUGAAUGGGGCAAAAGGCAAGAUUGAUGCAAAGGUGCACAGCCCCUCUGGAGCCGUGGAGGAAUGCCACGUGUCUGAGCUGGAGCCAGAUAAGUAUGCUGUUCGCUUCAUCCCCCACGAGAAUGGUGUCCACACGAUCGACGUCAAGUUCAACGGGAGCCACGUGGUUGGAAGUCCCUUCAAAGUACGAGUCGGGGAACCCGGACAAGCGGGGAACCCUGCCCUGGUGUCCGCCUACGGCUCAGGGCUCGAGGGGGGCACCACAGGUAUCCAGUCUGAAUUUUUCAUCAACACCACCCGAGCAGGGCCAGGGACAUUGUCCGUCACCAUUGAAGGCCCGUCCAAGGUUAAAAUGGAUUGCCAGGAAACCCCCGAAGGGUACAAAGUCAUGUACACCCCCAUGGCUCCUGGAAGCUACCUAAUUGGCGUCAAAUAUGGCGGGCCCAACCACAUCGUGGGCAGCCCGUUCAAGGCCAAGGUGACAGGCCAACGUCUGGUCAGCCCUGGCUCGGCCAACGAGACCUCAUCCAUCCUGGUGGAGUCAGUGACCAGGUCCUCCACGGAGACCUGCUACAGCGCCAUCCCCAAGGCAUCCUCGGAUGCCAGCAAGGUGACCUCCAAGGGAGCGGGGCUCUCGAAGGCAUUUGUGGGCCAGAAGAGCUCCUUCCUGGUGGACUGCAGCAAAGCCGGUUCCAACAUGCUGCUGAUCGGGGUGCACGGGCCCACCACCCCCUGUGAAGAAGUCUCCAUGAAGCACGUGGGCAACCAGCAAUACAGUGUGACCUACAUCGUCAAGGAGAAGGGGGAUUACGUUCUGGCCGUGAAGUGGGGAGAGGAGCACAUCCCUGGCAGCCCCUUCCAUGUCACGGUGCCUUAAAACAGUUCUCAUCAAGUCCUGGGAGGCGUU